AUGUCUGAAUACACCAACCUGCCCGACUACGACUCCCUCCCGCCCGUCAAAGGCAUGCCCCGUGGCUGCGCAUGGGGUAUUUUCGACAAAGACGGCAAGAAAGACCAUAUCGGGUGUCUGAACCUGCUUACGCCGUCUGUGGUGCGCGCGGCCUUGAAGGAAGCGGAGACGGGCCAGUCGGUCUCGCUGAACUGGCCCAUCAACGCUAUCCAUAAGCCUGGGUUCCAGCGCGCGGGACUCGAGCAUAAGGUCUCUUCGUUCCAGGACACGCCCUUCAAGUUACAUGGGUUCGACGACGAGGUCGCGUUCAAUACUCAGUGCUCCAGCCAGUGGGAUAGCUUGGUACAUUUCGCGCACCAGCCGUCCGGGUUCAGCUAUAAUGGAGUCAAGCCAACGAAGGAGGCGCUGCUGCAGGCAGACGCGCCCUUCCACAAAGACACCGACCUGCCCACGCUUGACCACUGGCAUUCGCGCGGCGGCCUCGUCGGUCGCGGUGUCCUGCUCGACUACCAAGCGUACGCAGACGCGCACGGCCGGAAGUACUCUCCCUUUGAGACGCACAAAAUCACUGUCGCCGAUCUCGAGGCUGUGGCUCAAUGGGAGAAUGUUGAGUUGCGCCAGGGCGAUAUUGUCAUCAUCCGGUCCGGGUUCACAAAGGGGCUGCAGGAAGCUGCCACGCCAGAGAAACAGGCAGAGUGCAUGGCCAGCCACCGAACUGUCGGGGUGGAAGGCAACGAGGCUACGGCGAAGUGGUUCUGGAACAAGCAUUUUGCGGCUGUUGCGGGCGAUGCCAUCGCGUUCGAGUGUCUGCCGCCGUCGAAAGAAGAUGGGACAGAGGGGUCGAUUGGAGAUCUGGUGCUGCAUCAGUACUUCCUCGGCCUGUUCGGGCUGAAUAUCGGCGAGCUGUGGGAUCUUGAGGCGCUGUCGAAGCUUUGUGCUGAGAAGAAGCGAUACUCGUUCUUGCUCACAAGCUGUCCGCUCAACGUGCCAGGCAGCGUCGGGAGCCCACCGAAUGCGCUUGCGAUUUUUUAG